AUGUACAUCCCAAAUUCGCUCUGGACGUGGUCCUUCGCCAUCGUCACCCUCAUUCAGACCAUCAUCACUCUGGCGCUCGAAAGUUAUGUCUUCGCCAAUUUCCAGAUUCAACUCCGACCAAAGGCCGACCAAGUGUCUGCCUCGAAAACCGUUCCCUGCUUUCUCGCGCUGUACAGUUUUGGGUUUAUCUACGAGCUGGUGUUGGUCUACGAUGCUCUGCGGAUGAAGAACACGAUUCAGAUCAUCGGGCUGUGCAUGUGCAAUGUUGGACUGUUGAUCUACGGAGCCGUGCAAGUACAACAGAUCAAUGAAGCCGUGGGUGUUCUGACCGACAACGACGCCAUCGACGAGAACAUCUGGGGGGAAUCCGAACCAUUUCUCAUCGUCAUCCCCUGCGUGGUGGCGAUGGGCACGCUCUUGAUGACGAUUAUCGCCUGGAAACUCUACGAUGAAUUCGCGUGGUCCAUUUACAAGCAUAUCAGCGCUGAUCUGCGGAUGAAGCGUCGAUAUCUGACUUAUCAGAUUUACAUCGCCCUUCUCAAGUUCGACUUCUUCUUCUUCCUUGGAUUUACCGUGCAGUUCGUCGUCAUCGUUACCGAACGAGCCGAUAUCGAGUUUGGACUCACGCUGGCCGCUGUCCCCGUGACCGUCUUGAUCUUGGUGUGUGCCGCGGUCUUCGUUCGCCGCGAAAGUACUUUCGGAAUGAUUGUGAUCAUUCUUCUGUAUUUCGCCGCCAUGGCGUACUUCCUGUUCAAGCUCGUUCGCAUGUACGCUCCGGGGACGUAUGAGAUAUAUCUGCCGGCUCGACGAUCACUUACCUUCUUCGCCGUGAUUACGCUGAUUCUUAUCGUCCUGACCAUCAUCAACGCCAGCAUGUGCAUGCACAAUUUCCACAAGGGUCUCAAGCCGCAUAUCAACAAGAAGAAAGACCGCAAGGAAGCCGAAAAGACGACCGAAUUGUCCUCGAACAUCACCGGCCAGGUCCCCAACCGCAUGAUGAUUGAUUGA